UAUGCGAUCAUCCUCAUGGCUCUGUACUGGUGCACAGAGUGCAUGCCUCUGGCCGUGACCGCAUUGCUGCCGGUCGUCCUCUUCCCUAUGAUGGGCAUCAUGAAGGCUGCAGAUGUAAAGUUGAUGAUGGGCUUCAUGAUCGUCUCGUCCUUCCUGUCAAUGUGGAUCAGUAACUCGGCCACCACGGCCAUGAUGCUGCCCAUCGCCUCGGCCGUGCUGCAGCAGCUGAAGGCCACCGAGGCCCAGGCGGACGAGCGGGAGCUCCAGGCCGCAGCUCAGGACAACCAGGCGUUUGAGCUUGAGAUUAGUCAAAGUAAACAGGAGAUGAGUGAAGAGAAACACCCUGACACCAAGGCUCAGCUGGAAAAUGGACAGUAGUCACUGCAGGACUCCAAGAGAAGAGUGAUGGAUGAGAAGUACGCUCUCCUGACCAAAGGGAUGAGUCUGAGUGUGUGUUACGCUGCCAGCAUCGGAGGAACGGCUACACUCACCGGCACGACCCCUAACAUCAUUCUUAAGGGUCAAAUCGACAAGCUCUUCCCUGGGAAUGGGGAUGUGAUCAACUUUGCCAGCUGGUUUGGCUUUGCUUUCCCCAACGCGCUGAUCAUGCUGGUGCUGGCAUACUUCUGGCUUCUGUUUAUGUUCCUGGGAUUCAACCUGAAGAAGUCAUUUGGCUGCGGUGUGAAUAACGACAGAGACAAGGAGGCGUACAAGGUGAUGAGGCAGGAGUACAAGAAGCUGGGCAGCGUGAGGUUUGCUGAGUGGGCCGUGCUCAUCAUCUUCGUCCUGCUGGUGGUCCUGUGGUUCAGCCGGGAGCCGGGCUUCGUCGACGGCUGGGCAACAGUGCUCUUCAAUAAAGGGGGACCGUUUGUGACAGAUGGAACCGUCGCCAUCUUUAUGUCGAUGCUCUUCUUCAUCAUCCCCUCCCAGAGGCCUCGGUGUGGAGGCUACGGUACCGACGAAAAUGGUCAGACGGUGAAUAGCCCCCCAACUCUGCUGUGCUGGCAGGUUGUCCACGAGCGAAUGCCCUGGAACAUCAUCCUGCUGCUGGGAGGAGGCUUCGCUCUGGCUGCUGGCAGUGAGGAGUCGGGUCUGUCCAAGUGGCUGGGAGACUGCUUGGCCCCUCUGGAGCAAAUACCACCUUUCGCCAUCUCGCUGGUGCUCAGCCUGCUGGUGGCCACGUUCACCGAGUGCUCCAGCAACACGGCCACCACCACCCUGUUCUUGCCCAUCCUGGCCUCCAUGGCCGUAGCUAUUAAGAUUCACCCGCUGUAUGUGAUGCUGCCCUGCACCAUCGCCGCCUCCCUGGCCUUCAUGCUGCCGGUCGCCACCCCUCCCAACGCCAUCGCCUUUGCUUUUGGAAAACUCAAAGUCAUAGACAUGGUGAAAGCCGGCUUCAUGCUGAACAUCAUCGGGAUUUUAUCUGUUAAUUUAGGCGUCAACACCUGGGGAUAUGCCAUGUUUGACAUGGGAAACAUUCCUCAUUGGGUCAACAUUACAAAUAGUAAACCUUGA